UUUAUUACAUAACAUGUGGUGUUGGUGUAAAGUGGUUACAUAGUUUGGUCCUUGCCUACAUCAAAAGUCUGUCCAAGUAGUUGGCCAAAUUGAUUGCUAAUGCCUUACACCUUUGAUUUUUCUUAUUGAUAAGCUCAAUGUAAAUCAAGAUAGACACAGAGGAAAUGGCAAGUCUAAGUGUUCCUCCAGUUUUAACUUCACCUCAUGAUGAUGCCAUACAACUUUACAAAGCUUUCAAGGGAUUUGGAUGUGAUAAAGCAGCAGUCAUUAACAUUGUUGCCCAUCGUGAUGCAACUCAGCGUGCUCUAAUUCAACAGGAAUACAGAAGUAUGUACUCUGAAGAGCUCAACAAACGCUUAUCCAAAGAGCUUAGCGGUAAUCUUGAGAAAGCAGUCUUGCUAUGGAUGUAUGAUCCGGCAGGAAGGGAUGCUACGAUAGUAAGGAACGCUUUGAGUGGUGAUAUUGUUGAUCCAAAAGCUGCCACUGAAGUGAUAUGUUCGCGGACUCCUUCGCAAAUACAAUAUUUCAAACAACUUUAUCAUUCCAUGUUUGACGUCUACCUUGAGCAAGAUAUUGAGUUUGUGGCAUUUGAAGAUCAUAAAAAGUUGCUUCUAGCAUAUGUAAGCACAAUGCGCUAUGAAGGACCAGAAGUUGACAGAGCUUCGCUGGAACAUGAUGCUAAAGCUCUUUUCAAAGCCGGGGAGAAGAAAUUGGGAACUGAUGAGAAUACGUUUAUCCGGAUCUUUUCUGAAAGAAGCAGGACACAUUUGGCUGCUGUUAGUGCUGCUUAUCACAGCAUGUACGGUAACUCGUUGAAAAAGGCUGUAAAAAGUGAAACCUCUGGACUCUUUGAGUUUGCACUCUUGACUAUUUUGCAGUGUGCUGAGAAUACAGCAAAAUACUUUGCAAAGGAGUUGCACAAGGCUAUGAAGGGCUUGGGGACAGACGAUACAACUCUCAUUAGAAUACUAGUCACGCGAACUGAGAUCGAUAUGGAGUAUAUAAAAGCAGAAUACCAGAAGAAGCAUAAGAGAUCUCUGAACGAUGCAGUUCAUUCGGAGACUUCUGGUGAUUAUCGGACCUUUCUUCUAUCUCUUCUGGGGACUGCCCACUAAUGGAGAGCCAGCACCAUAAAUCAGGUGCUUAAAGUAUGUCAUCAGCGUUGAAGCCUUUAUAUAAAGCAUGAAAUUUGAAUGUUGGUAUGACGGGGAAUCACAGUAGCUCAGCUGGUUGGCUGGCUACCUGAACUUUCACCUUGUUGGUGAGGAUUCGACUCCCCAUCUUGUAAUCCUCUUCCCCCAUUUCCCUUCCCUCACUCCCAAGUUGGUAUGCCAUAAAACAAGUAUGAAUUCAACCUGUGUUAAUUUGGUUUGAUCCUGAACAGCCUUUGUACACGACCAUAUGUUAACUAAUACUCAAUUGCUGAGUUUAAUUUGA